CUGUAUUAACAAGUAUCUGUUCUAUCAUCCAUAGAGUGCUGUAGAAGAAAGGUAAAUGUAAUAUGGAAAGAACCAAUGAUACCAUACUGACAGAAUUUGUUCUUGUUGGACUUUCUGCCCACCCAAAGCUCCAGACAGUUUUCUUUGUGCUAGUUUUGUGGAUGUACCUGAUGAUCCUGCUGGGAAAUGGAGUCCUCAUCUCAGUAAUCAUCUACGAUUCUCACUUGCAUACCCCCAUGUAUUUCUUCCUCUGUAAUCUUUCCUUUCUGGACAUUUGCUACACAAGCUGUUCUGUCCCACUAACCCUUGACAGCUUUCUGACAGUAAAAAAAAGGGUUUCCUUCUCUGGGUGCAUGGUGCAAAUGUUUCUGUCCUUUGCCACAGGGGUCACAGAGUGUGUGCUUCUAGGCAUGAUGGCACUUGACCGCUAUGUGGCCAUCUGCUACCCACUGAGAUACCCUGUCAUCAUGAGCAAAGGUGCCUACAUGCCUAUGGCAGCUGGAUCCUGGGUUACUGGGCUUCUUGACUCAGUGGUGCAGACAUCUCUUGCAGUGCAGUUACCCUUCUGUGCUAAUAAUGUUAUUAACCAUUUUGUCUGUGAAAUUCUAGCUAUCCUAAAGCUGGCCUGUGCUGAUAUUUCAAUCAAUGUACUCAGCAUGGCAGGGUCGAAUCUGGUUGUUCUCGUUAUUCCAUUGCUAGUAAUUUCUAUCUCUUACAUUUUUAUUGUUGCCACUAUUCUGAGGAUUCCUUCCAGUGAAGGAAAACGUAAGGCCUUCUCCACCUGCUCAGCACACUUGACAGUAGUCAUUAUAUUCUAUGGAACUACCUUCUUCAUGUAUGCAAAGCCCAAGUCCAAAAGCUCCGGUGGCACAGAUAAUCAGGACAUCGUUGACGCCCUCAUUUCCCUCUUCUAUGGAGUAAUGACCCCAAUGCUCAAUCCUCUCAUCUAUAGUCUAAGGAACAAGGAUGUAAAGGCUGCUGUGAAGAACAUGGUGGGUAGGAAAAACUUCUCUGAUGGCAUAUGAAUACUGCUUUAUGCUACGUGACUCCGAAUCCACAGUGGCCACAGACACAAAAUUCAAAAAGAGAAAAUUACCAUGUGAAAACAAACUCACUAUGUG